UCUCGAAUUUUGCUGGACAAACAUCCAUUUAGUUCGAUCUAGUCUAGAUUAUCCGCAUCAAAAUUAGCCAGCUCCAUACAUCUAUAAGCCCACUAAACAUGGCUUCAAAGGGUGAAGCAGAUGCUGAGAAAGCAACCAAUCCCAAAGAAGGACAAAUUAAAACCGAAACGAUUGAUAAUUUUGCUCCUCAGAUGAAUGAAGGACGAGAAGCCGGCGUAAGUCCUAGUGUUAUCCAGCCAACCACCGAUGCUGUGACUAGAAAGGAGAAGGCGGUUAAGGCCAGUCUCCUCUUCUUGAACAAAGCUGAGAGUAUCGUGGCUUCGCACACAAUCAUGUUCCCCGAGUUCAAACAUUGGCAAGACCAACUCAAACAAAUUCUUGAUAGCAUAGAAAGUCCUCGUGUACUUGUCGGGGUGUUGGGGUAUACUGGGAGUGGAAAAUCGUCCCUAAUCAAUGCUCUCAUUGAUGAAGAGAUGGUGGUGCCACCCAAUGCCAUGCGUGCUUCCACGUCCGUGGUGACUGAAAUCUCAUGGAACGAUUCAGAAGACCCGGAAAGAGCCUUCCGCGCUGAGAUAGAGUUCAUAAGUGAAAAGGAAUGGAAAGCAGAGAUGGAUAUCCUACUAGAUGAUUUAAAGAAUGCCACUAAAGGAGAGGAUGUGUCAAUUAAUACCGGCAGCGAGGCAAGCACGGCAUUCGCAAAGAUAUCUGCGGUUUGGCCUGGAGUCACUCUAGACAAAUUGAGAGGAAUGACAUCAGAGGAACUCUUUCAUGAGAUAGAAGGGGUUUCCAAUUAUUUGGAUUGUAACUUGGAUAUCUCAGAUAGUAAAGCUAAGUCAUUCUCACAACAGAUAAAUUCUUAUAUCGACUCAAACAACAAGCAAGCUUCGUCGAAAGGAAUAUCCUACUGGCCUUUGGUACGUUGCGUUCGUAUCUACACGAAAGCCAAGAUAUUGAGACAUGGUCUCGUUCUGGUUGACCUGCCUGGCCUCGGAGAUUCGAAUACCGGGAGGACACAGGUCGCAGAGAGGUAUGUGGAAAAUCUCACAUGUGUAUGGGUUGUAGCCGAUAUAGUCCGCGCAAUCGACGACCAGAUUGCAAAGGAUCUAAUGGGCAAAUCCUUCCGGAGACAAUUACUCAUGGAUGGAAAAUACGACGACAAGUACGUUACAUUUAUUAUGACAAAGACCGACAUGAUCAACACUGAUGAACAUGACUUGAAAGAGAUUCUACUCCAAGAAGAAGAAACUUUGAAGCAGAUCCAUGAUUGCCAAGAAGCGCUCGAUCAAAAAGCUCUUAAAGUCAAGAGCAUCAAUAAAGCUUUAAAAACAAUCAUUAAGAUUCACAAGUCUUCCACAAGUGACACGGCCAUUCUGCGAAAACGCAAGCAUACAGAAAACGACACGACCGAUUUAUUGCCAGAUAAUGAGGAGCAAUCGUCUGCUGACUUAGAAACUCCAGAAAGAGAAAUAUUGGAAAGGAAGAACCUCGUGAAGAGAAGAGCUCGCUGUGUCAAAUCUGUGAGAGCUUUGGAGAAAAGACUUGCUGAAAUGAAUCGCACCCUCAAGUUGAUCAGAAAAGACAUCCAAGCUGCGUGUACCCAGGCUCGAAAUCGUUACACACAGGAGCAUCUCAAAAUAGAUUUCGAAAACGGGCUUCGAGACUUAAAGCAGGAUAUUUUUCAUGACAUCACUGACAAGCACCAAUCUGGGAAUGAAGACGAAGAGGAGAAGAAAGAAUCGGUUCAUCAUCGUGAGUCCUUCAAUAAAACACCUCCCGGUGAUCUUCUGAUGUUGACAAGGGAUUGCCAUACAGAGGAACCUGUUAAUCAGUUAAAUGUUUUCUGUGUGUCUUCGAAGGGGUACCAGAAGCUUGCGGGUCGGUUCAAGCGCGAUCGGAUUCCGGAAGGCUUUGCGUCAGUAGAUGAUACUUUCAUUCCAGAUCUACAAGAAUACGCAGCAGCUUCUACCUUGACGGCGCGAACAAAGAUAGCCGAUACUUUCCUGAACGAUUUCAAUCUCUUGAGAUUGAGUGUCAAGUCAUGGGCUGAAAAUGGCUCCCCCAAUUCAUUGUCUUCCUCGCAGAAGCACAAGCUCCAAGCUAUGCUGGAACAACAGCUAGCAAUUCUCAACAAGUCUUUUGGCUGCGCCUUCGAGACUACAACGUUCCGCAUUCGCGAGAUCAUAAAUACAGAUAUCCUCCCAACUUUGAAAGAUUGCAUCGAAACUUCCACGAUAAAGGCCAGGCAGACUUGUACAGACCUCACAGAGUCGGACACAUCUUUUCAGACCUGGAAAGCAAUUUGCCGCAGGCAGGGUAAGUUUAACAACAAAAAAAAGGUAAACUAUGACUGGAAUGGCAUUUUCUUGGAACCAUUCUUGGAAUGUCUCGCCAACCCUUGGGAUCGGGUUUUCAAUGUUCAAAUGCGGCACAUCCAUGAUGAAUAUUCUAGAACUGUUGUCACAGCUAUCAACACGUUCUCGACUGACAUAAAACCGCUUCUCCACGAUAUAUCAGAGGCUUCUGCAUCAAAUCUGCCUGUUGAGAUUCUAGCCAAAAUUCCUUAUUUAGAGCGUAGAACAACAACUAAAAUAUCCGCGUCCAUGGAUUUUACCCAAAAUCAAGCGCAAGAAAUUCAUCGAUUGAUUGAACCAUUAAUCCAACAGCACAUGCGUCCUGCAUAUUAUUCGUGUAGUCUAGAAUCAAAUACAGGAGCCCUUGCUCGCAUGAAAGAGCAUCUUUUAAAACACAUCAGAAUGAAUAACGAAAACAUGUACAAGGAGGCAUCUAAGUUGCUUAAGAAGAGAUUGAAUAAGAUGACAAGAACUCUCGAGGGUUUGUUGUCAAAAAGUCAUACUGACACGUCGAAGUACCUCCGAAAGGAAAUUGAAGACAUGAUCAUGGUGGCGGUUGGAGAGGAUGAUGAAGCUAGGGAGAAAGUCAGCCGAGUCAGAAAUACUUUGUGUAAUGAUUUGAUACUGGAGCUGAGUACUUUGGAAUUGGCAUGGGUUAGGAGUGCUUCUGAACCAGUGGAGAAUCCUAUGUCUCUCAACACUGAUGGAAAGGUAGAAGAUGACAGUGGUGAAGAUGGCGAGGGCGAUGACUUUACUUAUGAUUCUGAUUGCAGUGACGGUGGUGAAGGUGCGGAGAGUACUAGCGACGAAGUGGAGGAUUCUUGA